CAAUCUCACAAAACCCAAAUCAAAUUACCAAAAACGCUUCAAAGUUUCCAACUGCGUUCUAAGCAAAAUCAGUAUCUUCACACAUUAAAUACUGCACACCCCCACAGUAAUUAUGAUGCACGCGAAAUCCGACUCAGACGUGACGAGUCUAUCCCCAUCACCACCCAGAUCACCCAAGCGCCCGGUGUACUACGUUCAAAGCCCCUCCAGGGACUCCAACGAUGGCGAUAAAUCCUCCACAAUGCAAGCCACCCCCGCCUUCAACAGUCCCAUGGAGUCCCCCUCCCACCCCUCCUACGGCCACCACUCCCGGGCCUCCUCCGCCAGUAGGGUCUCGGGCCCUUUCCGGUCCUCCAAUUCGGGCCAGAAGGGUGCCCGGAAGCGCAACGACAAGGGGUGGCCGGAGUGCAAUGUGAUCGAGGAGGAUGGAGAUUAUGGAGGGCUUUAUGGGAAUAAAGGGAUUCCGAGAAGGUGCCAGAUUUGUGUUGCUCUGUUCGGAUUUGUUGUGAUUUUCUCUGUUUUUUGCUUAAUUCUUUGGGGAGCUAGCAGGCCGAACAGAGCAAGAGUUGCUGUUAAGAGCUUGGCAGUCCAUAAUUUUUAUUUCGGGGAAGGAUCGGACAUGACUGGUGUGCCUACAAAGAUGCUGACAAUGAACUGUUCAGUGAGGAUGACUGUGUACAACCCUGCUACGUUCUUCGGUAUCCAUGUCAGCUCCACGCCGAUUAAACUGAUGUAUUCAGAGAUUGCAGUUGCAACUGGUCAGUUGAAGAAAUACUACCAACCAAGAAAGAGCUACCGGAACGUGACUGUGAACCUCCAAGGGAUCAAGGUUCCUUUAUACGGGGCUGGGGCAAGCUUAGCAGUAUCUGAUAACAACGGAGGAGUUCCCAUGAUGCUGGUGUUUGAAGUCCGGUCACGAGGGAAUGUGGUGGGGAAGCUGGUGAGAUCAAAGCACCGAAGGCACGUAUCUUGCACCAUGGAAGUCGGCUCUCAUAUUAGCACACCCAUCAAGUUAAAAACGAGUUCAUGUACUUAUAAAUGAGCACUGAAGGCAAACCUCUCCGUCUUGUUUGCGCAGUUUCUUCAUGGAACGAGCACAUAUUACAGUUAUAAUGGUUAUCGGAGUGUGAUGGAAGUUAAAUUCUAUGACUGUUGGAUCGACGAUAUCCAUCUUAUAUGACAGUUGAUAAGUUAAAAGAAUUUUGCUUUUUGUGUCCAA